AAGCUCCUCGUUUCUCCUGUCAGAGACGGACCUCAGAGGAAACGGUGGAGAUGAGAUCAGCCAUCGCAUACAAACCCAAUUCGAACCCUCAUUACUACUUUUUCUCCCCCUCUUCCCGAUUUGGGAGGUCUAGAUCUCCAGUUACAGUCCGACUUCAGCUUCCAUAUUCAGCAAACAAGUCUCUCCACCGUGGGAACCAAAGGAAAAGCCUAAUUCGUAGUGUCGGGGUUGAUCCGGGCGUAGACGAACUUGAUGAAUCAGGGCUUAUUGAAUAUGGAGAGAGAAGAAACCCAGCUAUUUCUUCUUCAUACAGGGGUUCAAGGUGGCCGAAACCCAACCAGACGGUGCAUGACGCUCAAGCUAGGAUUUGUACAGGGCCUACACAGACGAGGCCACUUGGAGAAGACCAGGCCUUUAAGGUUCUGGAAACUAUUUUGAGUUCAGCUAGAGGAGAACUAAAAGGUGAGGAGGAAGUUUCUAAAGCACAGCUUGGAGCAUUUUUUGGUGCAAUGACGAUACGUGCAAAUGCUUUUCCAGAGGCUACACAAUGGUCUGAAGGUGAAAAGCGUGCAAUGAACAAGUAUUGGCCAUUCUUAGUCCAUGCUCUGCCGGCAGAUGUAAUUUUCAUAGCAGAUCCUGAGGGCACAAUUAUGGGGGGAGCUACUUCAAUAGGGCCUAGUUUUGUCGGCAAUGGAGCAACUGAAAUGAGAUUGGUUGGUGCUCUGAGGGAAGUUUUGGCAGGGGGUCAUCUUGGAUAUGAGGAGGUUCAAGGUCUCCUUAAAGAUGUCCUUCCAUUGUGCUCAGAGGAUAAGAAUUCAGCAAAUGUGAGUGAACCGUUGCUCUCUGCUUUUCUAAUAGGCCAGCGAAUGAAUGGAGAAACUGAUCGUGAGCUGAAAGCAUACUGUCUUGCAUUUGAUGAUGAGCUUGGUCCUCCACCAGUGGCUGAUGUUAGCUCCUUGACUCAUUAUGGUGAAACUUACGAUGGGAAUACACGGUUCUUUAGGGGUACUUUGUUUAUGGCUGCAGUGAGAGCUUGUUAUGGAGAAUCUUCUGUUCUUCAUGGUGUAGAGUGGAUGCCACCUAAGGGGGGCAUAACUGAAGAACAAAUGCUUAAAUUCAUGGGGGCAAGCACAAAUUUGUCUACAUUGCAGGCAAAAAAGCUUCUUGAGGAUGACGAUGUCGGAUUUGCAUAUAUUAGUCAACGCGAGGCUCAUCCAUCUUUAUAUUCACUUCUUGGGAUGAGGGAACACAUGAAAAAGCGCCCCCCACUUGCAACGGCAGAGAAGGUUCAGCAAUAUGUGAGGGCACGCGGGUGGGAAUCGAUUGUUGCAGGAUUUUACCACGAAGGUUAUGAAGUUCCAUUAUUGAUGCUUAUGAGGAGAAGAGGCGUCCAUGCUGGGUUGGUUGUAAAGGGUGAGGAAGGAGGAUUAUCAAUGACAACAAAAUUUCGAUCGAUAAGUGCAUCAAAAGGGCUUCCAGUGAACUACUGUUCGGGGUUCCGUGAACUAGAAAUUGGGGGUUCUAUUGAAUCUGAUGUUGUUUCUAUGCUGCAAUGUUAUCGGCCCUCAUCUUGCAAAACUGAGGUAAUCAUUGCUUCUGUUCAUUGGGAGAAGAAUCUUCUUCCGGAGCGUGUGAUGAAGACUAUUGAGUUGGGUUUGGCAGCGCUUCGGGGAGAGCGAGGCCCGGCCUAUGACCGCAUAGUGCUGAACGCUGGUAUGGUCGACCACUUGUUAGGUUGCCGUGGUGCAGAAGAUGUCCUUUCUGCAAUGGACAGGGCAAGAGAAGCCAUUGAUAGUGGUAAGGCUCUCAAGAGACUCAUGAAUUACAUUAAAACUAGUCACAUGGUCAAAUGAAAGUUACCACAUAAGAUUGUUUUCUUUUUUUUCCUCCCCCCAUGUUAUUUUUUCUUUUUGUCUUGAUAGUGGUAACUUUUUUUUUCCUCCCUCCAUGAAAGUUACCACAUAAGAUUGACUUACAGGAAUCCUUUCAUUGUAAAAAAUAUUUUUAGACUUGCUUGUGAUAUAUAACACUGCAGUUCUUUAAGGUUUUCAA